CUCCCCACCGCCUGCCUUAACCACUACAGCAUACUCAAUCAUGUGGUGAGGGCCAUGGAAUAUCGAGACCGAUGGCGACACAUCACAAAUAUCACAAUCCCUAGUAAUAAGAAACGGAUAAAGAAAGAAGAUCUAGAGGAAGCACGUCACUGAUUUAGGCGCAAAGACACCAUCCAGGAAUGCAUGCAUGUUUCCUUAUUUUCGUCAAAAGUAGAUCCUACUCGUAAUUUAUAAAUUCACGCAUGGGUGUAACCAUAACCCAUACAUAAACAAUAGUUACAAACACUAUCAUACCGCAGAUUACGUUUAUCGCCGGUUUGGAGUCAGUCGCAUUCUGAGACCGCGGUGACACAUUGUGUAUCAGUUUUAAAUCCAAAAGUCAUGGGCUCGUCCAGUCGCCAAGACCAUCCUGACUCGGGGGUGGCAGUGUCGAGCAUUCCACCUAUGGAGCUGGUGGUGCGGACGCCACCCGUGGUAUCCACCAUCAUGAACAUAUCCAAGAAGACCAGCUCCAAGUUCACCACAAUGACCGAGACGCAAAAUGCAGAGAAAGCAGUGCCGGUAAAGGAUAACUCAUUCUUGCUGGUCCUGUCAAAUACAUCGGGAGCAAAGAAGCUGUCGUGUGCGUGCGCCGCUUUCUCUUUAGUUCUGUGCACGGCUCUCAUAAUCUACUUCACGCACGUAGUCAAAAGGAGCGAAGUCAAGGUCGUUGAUAGAGCCCCUCACGACUGGAACAUCACCCGCGAAGACUGGCAGGCGCGCGACCGGACGGUCAACAUCACGAUGGCAAGAUUCGCGCCGCUCAAGCUAGUCCUCGUGCAACAUACCGUGGGCCCUGAAUGCCACAGCUUCAUCACCUGCGCCGCAGUAGUACGUAACUUGCAGAUCUACUAUUUGGACUCGAAGCAUCUUGGAUACGAUAUACCGUACAACUUCUUGGUAGGGAAUGAUGGGCGCGUGUACGAAGGUCGCGGUUGGAACAUCGAGGGCGCGCACACAUUUGGGUACAACCGAUGUUCUUUGGGCGUCGCUUUUAUUGGUGACUACAGUGAGGAGCUGUCUAUACACAGCCGCGUGACGGAACUUCAGCUGGAGCGGUUUAUAAUUCUGAUAGAAGACGGUAUAGGUUCGGGUUUUCUCCGCCCCGACUACACGAUCCUGCCGGCUAAGGAUGUGCGAGACACCACAAGCCCAGGUAGCAACCUCUACCGCGCCCUACAGAACAUGAAUCAUUACGAGAGGACUCAUAGCUUUAGAGACUUAAACUGUGAGGCGAUCUAUGACAAAUUAGGUUUACCUUAUCAUUUAUAAUAUGUGGCUUUGUGGGUAAAAGGGUCCUUAUGCUUCAAGUAAAAUAAAAGUGUUUUCAUCGGAAAUUCCAAUAUAAUUAAUUUUAAAGAUAUUUAUGGAUCCUUUUGGCAUUGCCAUGUAUGUAAAGAAAAUACACAAAUACUACAAUAUAAGGUAAUCUCAUAAUUAUGUAUGUAUGUAUGUAUGUAUAAGCUUUAUUGUACAUAAAGGAAACAAAAGAGACACAGUUACAGAGUCAGUAAUAUGUAAUGUAUGUAUAAUUAUAAUACGAAUUGUAUCCGUAUAGACAACGAAAUUACAAUCUAAUCACUAUUUAAUUACGCAACAAUUAAUAAUCAUCAAUACAAUACUAAUUUGAAUGCAA